CCUGUACCACUUUUGCCUUUCAGCGUUCAGCCUUUUAGUUUUUACUAAAAAUUUUAAUAAGAAUAUUUUUUCAUACUUAUUAAUUAUCUAUAUAAUAACAUAAGUAUUAGGUUAAAUACUUAAAUAGCAAUAUAAGAAUAUUUAAUUAUUUACUGUAUAUGUAUACAGUUACAGUAUUUGUGAGUUUUAUUUUUCAUAAGUACACAUGUUAAAUGAAUUUGAGCAAUUUUAUUUAAAAAAUUAUAUAGGUAUAUAAUAAAAAAAACUAAAUGUUUUUCUAAGUAAAAUUGUAUAUUUCUCCUAGUAGUCAAAUGCUAACUACAGAUGGAUACAAAUAUUGGGGUCCUCGAGAAUGCUGUCAUACAGGUGGUGGUCGAAAGUGUUACACCGGAUAUGAUUGUAGUGUCAUACACUGCCAUAAAUGGGUCUGUUUACCAAGGCAUACUGUUGAACAAUGUCAAAAGACGUUUUCCAUGUGGAAGUGUUCCUAUCAUAAAACCUCCACUAUCGCCCAGAAAUCUAAAGACUGAAUCCGAUAAUGACAUUUUAUAUUCUGUAAGUCAACGUUUUACCUAUUUUCAAAACACCCCAAACACAUUAAAAAAAAUUCCCAAUAAAACCAAAAAAGUGAGAAAACCCAUGACUGUUCGUCUAAGACCUCGUCAAGUUCUAUGUUCAAAAUGUAAAUCAACUUGUUCUGAAAAUUCAGAAAAUGCUGAAACCUCCAAAGAUCUUGUUAAAAAUGAAAAUAAUACAAUUCCUGAAAAUAAUGGAGAAAAGAGAUUAUUAAGAAGUCAUGGACCUGUUCCAGAUUUUCCUAUAAAACCAUCAGAUUCUGUAUCGACUGUAUCUCAGGUUAAAUCAAUAUGCCGUACCCUGAUACCUAAACUUGUAAAAAUUAAAUCAAGAGAAAUAACUGAAGCACUUAAUAAUUAUUCAACAUUCACUGAGCUAGAUAAAUGGGUAGGUAACAAAAAAGACUGUGAAGAUGACUGUGAUAUUGAAGAAAAAAUGGUGUUAAGAAAAAAACCUAGCAUUGGAUCAAUGGAAGAUCUAUGGGAUGAAACUGCAUUUGAAGAAACUAAAAAAACACCAAUCAUAAAAAUAACAUUUGGAUCUCAAGGUGAAGGUACUGUUAUGGAAAUACCAUCUCGUCAAGCUGAUGGAGAUAGUGAACCAGAUAAACUCUUACGUAAAAGAGCGAAACGUAGAAGACAAGAUGGAGAAAAAAGAAAAAAACAUAAGAAAAGGCAUAAAGAACAAGUGGAUAAUUUAGAAAUUAAUAAUUUCUCAAUAAAUUUAAAUCAUUUUAAUUCUAAAGAAGAAUAUUGUACGAGAAAAGUGACUAAUUGUUCCGAAUCAAUUAAUAAUAUAAAUGGUGAACUCUCUGAUGAUGAUAUUGAAUCAAAUAGUUCUCCCGAACUUGUAAUUCCUCAAACAGAAACGUCAGACUCUAAUUCCUUUUUUGUACUGAAAUCGGGUAAAAUUCUACACGAAGGUGAUGUUGUUUGGGGAAAAGUAAAAGGAUUUCCUUGGUGGCCAGCAAAGGUAUCAAAUUUUACUACAAGUAAUGGUGAAGAAAAUGGGUCAUUUGUUAAUGUCACUUGGUUUGGUUCGUCUACUACAUCUUUUCUUAAAUGUGAUCAGGUUAAUCCAUUUUUAGAUUUUUACAAGUCUCGAUUUAACAAACACAAGAAAACAAGUAGUUAUAAAGAAGCUAUCAAACAAGCAAUGGCUGUAGCAAAACAACAACAAAAUACAACUAACCAAGAUAUCAGUUGAUAACUAUAUUUCAUAUUACAUAUACCAAAGAGUGAACAAUACUAAAAAAUCAAAGUUGUCAUCUCAGUUACCAUUUGCACACUUCAAAUUAUUCCCAUUAUAAUUUUGGUGAAUGUUUUUUAAUGUGUACAAAUUUUUAUUUGUCAUAUAACUAUAUAUUUAUUUUAUUUGUUAUUAUAUUAUAAUUUAUUAUUUUAUUUUUCAUUAUAUUUAUUAUUAUUAUUAUUAUUAUUAUUUAGCCAUUCAAUGAAUUAUUUAAUUUACAUGCUUAAUUCUUGUCAUACUGUAAUGAUAUAAUAAUUUACCUCUGGGUAAUUAUUUUUUUAUAGAUAAUUAAUUAAAGUGUGAAAGAAACAUAACUUAUUUUUAUACUAAAUAUUAUGUUUUUUAUACAGCUUAUUUGUUUUAUGUUGAUAUUGUUUGCUAUGGAAAAAUUGAUUUUAGAAACCAAAGAAAUUAUUAUAGUGUUUAAUAUUUUAUAAAAGAAAGAUAAUUACGUAAUAACAUUUUUUUUAAAUAUAUAUUUCUUUUAGUUAUAUUUACUAUUGUAUAAUACAAUUGAUUGUUGUGUAAUUUUUACACCAUUAUUCUCAUAAAUGCAAUGUAUAAAUAUAUAAAUAAUUUUAAAAUUCAUAAGAAUAGCAUGAACAUUUAGUUUAAUUUAUGUUUUUUUAUACAAAUUUUAACAGUUAUCAGACCAAAAGAAAUACUAUUACUUAUUAAAAAUAUAUAAUCUUAUUUUAUAUCUUAUAAUUUCUUAAAGUAAUUGGUAAAUAUUAUAAAGUAUAAAUAUCUUCUAAAACUGUUAUUACUUACCUAAAUAAUAGUAAAGGUACUUAAAUGUAUAAAACACUAUAAUAUAUUUCAAAAACUAACUAAGAACCACUCAUAUUUUAUUUUUGCUCAAAAAACAUUUGUUCAAUCUUGUAUAUUCUCAUAAAUAAAAUAACUAAUUAUUAUGUAUUUUAUUAUUAAUAAUGAAGAAUAAACAAUUUUAACUAAAUUGUGUUCUUCAAUAGAUAGUGAAAAACUUCAAUUUUUUUUUUUUAUACUAUUGGUACAAUGAUUUUAAUUUUGGCUUUGAUUGAUAUAUUUGAACUUUGAUGUGUUAUUUUAUUUAAGUUUGACAUUGAAUUAUAAAACUAAAAUUUAAAAAUUAUGUUAAUAAGUGUUCUAUUAAUGAAAAGUCUAUUAAUUUCUUAGUCAGUAUGCUAUUAUAAUGUAUAAUGUCUUGUUACAUUAUUUUUGUUAUUCAGCAAAAUAAAUUUAUUUAAAACAA